AUCAAAGUUUGCGACGGAGAUCAAAAUCGGUGCAGUCGAAAGCAUGUAUAGCACUUGUUUUGAAAUGAUGUUGCAUAUAGGUGACAUGCAUUGUAGGGCUCGAGCCAAAUUCAUUAUGUAUUGCGAAAUUGAAAUCAUGCACACCGGUGCACCACGGGCUGAAACAGAGAAACGCAAAAACAAACAAAUUCGAUUUUCACGAGCAUGUUCCCACAUUUCCCAACGCGAAACUGAAAACUUUCAGAGUCGAAAUCCCUUGCCCUUAGAGGGAAAUUCCCUUCGAUGACGCAUAAUGCAUCUCUCGGUGCAUAAUUCGCAUAACCCAACCAACCCGUCGCUGUCUGCAUAACUGCAAUCGGCUACCCCUGAAUUUUGGACACACCAGGCGGCAAGCUUUCGAAACCUCUGGCUCGAUGCAACCACGCUGCCUCAGAUGGAACAUUUGGCAGUGCGAUAUAAAAUACUCACCUGCCCGGUGUCAAGACAUCAUUCGCAGAUCUCCAUCUCGACAGCCGAGUCGCCCGCCACUGGAACGCAGUUCAUCUAAGCUAGGCAUCUCAGACAUGAAGGCGUUCGUUGUGCUGUCCAUGGCUUUGGCCAUUGCAUCCUGUAAGGUAGUCGAAGAAUCCUCCAAGAAAGAAAAACGUGGAUUAUUUGAUGGCGGACAUGGAGGAGGCGAUUCCUAUGACUUUGGGGGUCAUGGCGACGAGGGUGGCGAAGAUGAUGUGAAACAUGUGACCACAAUCACCAAAAAAGUUCCUGUUCCGUACCCGGUUGAGGUCGAAAAGCAAGUUCCGAUUGAAGUGAAGGUGCCAUUCAAAGUCGAAAUCGAAAAGAAGAUCCCCAUCGUCGUUGAGAAGAAGGUCCCUAUCUAUGUGGAAAAGAAGAUCCCGGUGCACGUGGACCGACCUGUCCCGUACAAAGUGGAAGUGAAAGUUCCAGUUAUCGAGAAGGAAUACAUCGAAGUGCCACAACCGUACGAAGUUUAUGUUGAGAAGAAGAUUCCAGUGUACGUCCCGAAGCCGGUGUACAUCGAAAAGCCUUUGCCGGUGACUUUGCUCGUUAAGAAAACGUAUAAGAAGGGUUGGUGAGAGGAGAAUGAUCGUUAAUUUAUUGUUAAGUGUGAGGAAAGGAGGAGAAUAAAGUAUGUAAAUAGUUCUUUAGAA